AUAGUGGAAAAGGAGAAGCUUAAGAUCAGAUUAGGUUAUGCUUCGGUAUUGAAGAACAGAAUCCCACUGCCAAGGCGGUUGGUUCCAACUUCCAAAUUCUGAUUCCGUGCUCCCAAUUCUUCGAUAUCUGCACACACAAGAACGCUCGAAGCCAGCAAGCAAAGAAGUGUUUUCCAUCUUUGCGUUGUGAACAAGGAAAGCAUAUCCCCCAAGUCUUGAAGACCCCAAAUGGUUCUGUUCCUUCUUCCACCAACAAAGCACUUGUGUCACCCAAUUUGCAAAGGAAAAUGUCGUUUGCAGAAUCAAGUCCAGCUAUGUCUAUGGAUGAUGUCAUGGCUGCUACUAAUGAAUUUGCUAGGGGAUUCAACCACAGUUACUACCUACCCCUUCACAUGGCGAUUCUAAAAGGAGAUUGGGAAUCUGCAAAGUCAUUCCUUGAUGCUGAUCCAAGUGCAUGGACAUCAAAGAUCACCUCACUGGCCAGAACACCAUUGCACGUUGCCGCCGUAGGAGCUCAGUGGAAGAUACUUGAGAAGUUAGUGCAUCAUGUGCCUUCAGAAUUACUAGCUGAAUUGGAUUCCAUGGGUUUCACUUGCCUUCACUAUGUUGCAAUGGGAGAAAGCAUUGAUGCUGCAAAGGCAUUGUUGGCUAAGAAUCAUUCUUUGACACAGAUAACUGAUUUUAAAGGGUUUACACCACUUUUGUAUAGUGUUACCUCUACCAGAUGUAAAGAGAUGGCAUGGUACCUUGCAAUGAAUACUGUAGAUGAAAGACCUGGUUUUCCGUUUUCUAGUGAGUCGUCUCGUCAACUUGUCGCAUUGCUUACUGCUGCAGGAUUUCAUGAUAUCACCAUGUAUCUUCUUCAGCGCUACCCCAACUUGGCAACUAUUUCAGAUUCAAAUGGAAGCAUUAUACUUAAUGUUUUGUCAAAGAAAACUUCUGAUUUCCAAAGUGGAAAUAAGUUUGGGAUUUUGCACAGAUGCAUUUACCAUUGUGUUCCAGCUCAACUUGAUCAUUUACCACAUGGUGAUUUAAGAGAUUCUUAUGACCAAUCAAGCCAUCAUCAAUCAUAUUCUGGAAGCAAAAUAUGGAAUGCAAUUCAAACUUCUGCUCCUAGCAUAAAGCAUUUAAGAGAUGCAAAGCUGAGACAAGUGUUUUCUGAGAGAUUGGUAGAACAUGUUUGCUCUCAAGCUUCAACCAUGAGCAACACUCAAUUUUGGGAGUCUUUUGUGAGCAUGGAAAUUAUCUACAAUGCCACAUCGUCUGGCAUAGUCGAGAUUUUAAGGAUAUGUUUCCAGUUUUUUCCGGAUUUGGUUUGGACUCGCAUUCCAAAUGAAGGAUAUAUAGUUCAAAUCGCCAUUAAAUAUAGACAAGAGAAGGUUUUUGGUUUCAUAUGCAAGAUGCCAAUAAUUUCCAAGAUUUUAAUCUUAGCAUUAGACGAAUCACACAACACAACAUCACAUCUAGCAGCAAGAUCUGCUCAUUCUCAACUGUUAUCAGUUUCUGGUGCAGCAUUUAAAAUGCAGAAGGAGUUACAAUGGUUCAAGAAAGUUGAGCAAUUGGAUCACCCUAUUCACAAGGAAAUUAAGAACCAAGAUGGAAAAACAGCAUGGCAACUAUUCAAGGAAGAACACAAGACUUUGCUAGAAGAAAGUGAGAAAUGGAUGAGAGAUACAGCAAACUCCUGUAGCAUAGUGGCAGCUCUUAUCGUUACGACCGUUUUCGCCGCAGUUCUCACAGUACCUGGAGGUAACAACCAGGAAAAAGGAUUUCCAAUAUUCUUGCCAGAUAACACAUUCCUAGUGUUUGCUGCAUCGGUCGCAUUGGCUUUGUUUUCUUCCAUGGCUUCUCUUCUGAUGUUCUUGUCAAUCCUAACAGCUCGCUACGCUGAAAAAGAUUUUCUCAAGGCGUUACCUCGGAGAUUAAUAUGGGGUCUUGCUUUGUUGUUCUUUGCCAUUGUUACUACCAUGGUAGCAUUUGCUGCUGCGCUUUCUUUGGUUCUUCGCAAUAGACUAAAAUGGGUGUGGAUACCAAUAGCUAUUAUGGCUUGUGUCCCAAUUGCUCUAUUUGCAAAGCUUCAAAUUCCCUUGUUCGGAGGAAUGAUCAUAUCAACUUAUAGAUCUAGCAUUUAUCAUCCUUAAAAUCUUUGUAAGGCUUUUGAGAAUUGAUAAACAAAAGCAUACAUUAGAACCAGUGAAGUGAGGGUUUGCACUACUUCAAAUUUGACAAGAGUGUUGCAGCAUUCCAAAUAGUGAAACAAAUGUAUAUUGAUUCUCCCAUAGUGGUUUCUAUCAUGAAUAUUAAUAAUGUACACCAUUCACACCUAUA